UGGGAGAGGCAGGAGCAAAGUCAGUGUGUGCAGGGCAUCCUGGCCAGCACAGAGGAGCAGAACACCUGCCUGAGAGGCCACAACAGGAACUGGCAGCCAGAGGGCUGGGUUGGAUUCCUCGUCCUGGCUCAUCACCCUUGGUCCUGGUCACCAUGAGAACUAUCUCUAGGAACCCUGGGAAGCUCUGUCGUGGAGUCUCCUCCUAACCACAUAAAAGCAGUCCCUAAAGCAGCCCAUCUGAUGCUGGUACAGUCGUGAGAUCUCUCACAGAUGACACUGUCAAUUAUAGGUCUCCCCUCUGCACCCCCGCAACUCACCCCUCCCCUUCCCACUCCCUGGGGAAGGGCAAUUGAGUCUGUGACAAACCUCCCAGCCAAGAUCUUUCUAGGGGUAAUUUGGCCAGGCUAAAUACCCCUGGUUAAUUAGAUAAGACUCAAAUUACAUGAGCAAGGCUUGCAAGCCCAUCACUUUGGGGGUUUUCAAGUUAUUUACCUCUGAUUUUGCUGGGAGAAAAUGAUUUCUUGCUCCCAGGCAAACUAAACCCACAAAUUAGAGCAGUGGCUCUCUCUCAAGCCCUAUAAAGGGGGAGACCAAGAUCUCAGGCUUGUGAGUUGCAUCUCAGUUGAGGAUUAGCUUCUUAUUCCAGCUCUCUGGAUUUUCUAGCAUGAGCCGCCAGUUCACCUACAAGACAGGCGCUGCCGCCAAGGGGGGCUUCAGCGGCUGCUCCGCUGUGCUCUCUGGGGGCAGCUCGCCUUCCUACCGGGCAGGGGGCAAAGGGCUCAGCGGGGGCUUUGGGAGCCGGAGCCUCUACAGCCUGGGAGGCUCCCGGGGCAUCUCCUACAACGUGACCAGUGGCAGCGGGCGAACAGGGAGCUAUGGAUUUGGCCGGGGCCGUGCCAGUGGUUUUGCUGGCAGCAUGUUUGGCAGUGUGGCCCUGGGGCCCGCUUGUCCAUCUGUGUGCCCUCCAGGAGGCAUCUCUCAGGUCACCGUCAACAAGAGCCUUCUGGCCCCCCUCAAUGUGGAGCUGGACCCCGAGAUCCAGAAAGUGCGUGCCCAGGAGCGGGAGCAGAUCAAGACUCUGAACAACAAGUUCGCCUCUUUCAUCGACAAGGUGCGGUUUCUGGAGCAGCAGAACCAGGUGCUGGAGACUAAGUGGGAGCUUCUACAGCAGCUGGACCUGAACAACUGCAAGAACAACUUGGAGCCCGUGUACGAGGGCUACAUCAGCAGCCUGCGGAAGCAGCUGGAGACGCUGUCGGGGGACAGGGUGAGGCUGGACUCGGAGCUGAGGAACAUGCGGGACGUGGUGGAGGACUACAAGAAGAGGUAUGAGGAUGAAAUAAACAAACGCACAACUGCUGAGAAUGAAUUUGUGGUGCUUAAGAAGGAUGUGGAUGCGGCUUACAUGAGCAAGGUGGAGCUGCAGGCCAAGGUGGACGCCCUGGAUGGAGAGAUCAAGUUCUUCAAGUGUCUGUACGAAGGGGAGAUUGCUCAGAUCCAGUCCCACAUCAGUGACACAUCUGUCAUCCUAUCCAUGGACAACAACCGUAACCUGGACCUAGACAGCAUCAUCAAUGAGGUCCGAACCCAGUAUGAGGAGAUCGCCCUGAAGAGCAAGGCUGAGGCUGAGGCCCUUUACCAGACCAAGUUCCAGGAGCUCCAGCUGGCAGCUGGUCGGCAUGGGGAUGACCUCAAACACACCAAGAAUGAGAUCUCAGAGCUGACCCGGCUUAUCCAAAGGCUGCGCUCGGAGAUUGAGAGUGUGAAGAAACAGUGCUCCAACCUGGAGACGGCCAUCGCUGAUGCCGAGCAGCGGGGCGACUGUGCCCUGAAGGACGCCCGGGUCAAGCUGGAUGAGCUGGAGACUGCCCUGCACCAGGCCAAGGAGGAGCUGGCCCGCAUGCUGAGGGAGUACCAGGAGCUUAUGAGCACAAAGCUGGCCUUGGACAUAGAGAUUGCCACCUACCGCAAGCUGCUGGAGGGCGAGGAGUGCAGGAUGUCUGGAGAAUACACCAACUCUGUGAGCAUCUCAGUCAUCAGCAGCUCCACAGCUGGGACCCCGGGCACAGGUGCCGGCUUCGGGUUCAGCGGGACAGGCACCUAUGGCUACCGACCCAGCUCUGUUGGCUACGGCAUGCUGUCUGGAGGCUGUGUCACUGGCAGUGGAAACUGCAGCCCUCGAGGGGAGGCCAAAACCAGGCUGGGGAGUGCAAGUGAAUUCAAGGAUCUCUCUGGGAAGACCUCAGCUCUGAAUUCACCCACUAAAAAGACCACAAGAUAAAGAGAAAGACAGUUGUCUACCUUGUCCUGGACUCCCUUCUAUAGGAAACUCCUCUGGCAUAUUUCCUCUUGGUUUUCUUUGCCACUGACAUCUCCUCUCUUCCAUUUCUCUGCCUGAGUCUUUCUUAAUGUAAAAUCGGGAUUCUACAAUCUAGCCCAUCCUCUGCCUCUGUACCAAGAGACCUCUUAACUGGGCCUCCACUUCCUGAAUCCUUCUCCUUGCAGUGGAAGAAUUUUUUCUCAAAGGUAACCCCCAUCCUCCUACUGCCCCUUCCAUAUCCUGGUUUAGGGAGUUAUUUGGCCAUAUGCUCCAUGGGUACAUAUGAUUGAAGGCCCACUGAGAUACCUGUCUCCUGUGAGAGCAACUCUAGCUCAGAGGAAACAUCUGGUUAUACAUUGUACCUUGCAUGGUCCCUGCAGAUUUUAUAGCUGGGAGUAGCCCUGCAGGUUUCUCCCACCAAUGAAGGCAUUUGUGCUGUUACUAUGUGGGCUCUUGUCCUUGUUCAGACCUCAUCUCCAUACUUCCCGUGUCUCACCAAUAAACUUAUAAAACUCUUGCAGGAACAAGAUGCUUCUCUUUCCUAAGGGAGUCCUCAUCUUAGGCCUCGUGAAGGUCAAUGACCUGGAGCCUGGGCCAUCUGAGGUCCAGUGUGUUCCAAAGAGUCCCAAAGUAUCUUUAUAUCUGAGUGAGAGAGAUCCUUGCACAACUACCCACCAUCACCUCCACUGAAUUUUGUGAUGCUCAGGAUUCAUCUCUGUUCCCCAUCGCACCAGCAAAUAUACAUUAUAAGUCAUGUUCUCCUCACACUAUGCUCCAGUGAAUGGAUAAUCUUUAAGAUCACUCAGAUUACCAGCAAGGAUAGGGAGCCAAUACUUGUGGCAAUAUUUAAAACUGGUCAAAAGGUAGCAGAAGGCCAGUUCCAGAAGCCUGGGCUCAAGUUAUAAGUAUUAUUCCAGAAAAGGCUAAAGGUAGAUUGUCUUUAAUGUAAUACCAAUGUUUCCUUGGUUCUUGUUGCCAUUUCAGUGGAUUGAGUAUGGAUGUGAAUGUAUAAGUGUCUGAGUUGUGUUUAA